CUCAGGAAUUAGACGUGCGAUGCGCGGCCUGCUCGCUGAUGCACAUGGAUUGCUGAGGUGCGUGGAGGGUUUGCUGCUUUCUAGGUCCACGACGAGCGAGUGAGUUGGGGCGUGCGCGGGGUCGGGGCUGGGGGGCGUGCUGUUGUUUUCCGGCGAGAUUUCCAAGCGGCAGUGAAAAGUAUCGAUUUGAUUAAUGUGGAAUUGUCUUUUUCCCCAGAGCUACUGAGUGGUGUAAACGCCUCUGCAUUUUGCUUUCGCGCGUUGCGACCUGCCGCCCGAACGCUGCGAUGUCGAUGCGUCUUUCUCGUAUCUGGGCAAGCCGGGCAAGCUGGGGUUGCUCCACUCUCAACCCAGCCCAAAGUCCCGCGUUUGACUUCACUUCAUCCCUCCCGAACAAGACCACGCCUUUUCCUGCGCUCAACCCCCUCACCCCACGCUUCAGUGCAUCUGCAAAACUGUGCGACUGGGUAGUACUUGUUCUCGGACAAGGUUGUGAACUCUCACCAUCGCUUGCCUUCUCGUACGCGCAUUUGUGUCUUCUUCAGCACCUGGCCGCCGCAUCGCUGUAUUCGACUGGAAUUAGACCGGUACUCCUCAGCCAAUUCGAACAUCUUCUGCAUUGCCACUGUCUCAACCAUUCAAGAGGCACGAUGUCGCACGAAGACUAUCAGCUUGAUGCUGGCCACCUCUGGGUUUCAUACAUCAGGGAGUCGCCUGCGGUACUCUGUGUUGCCGUAAGAAGGCCAAAUAAAGUAAGAAGACGCAUGAGCUAUAAGAGAAGAUUCCAAAUACAUCCGGGAGGGACGAUACCAUAUCCUGGAACAUGGAUCACAAUGUGCCAGCGUAGCGAACAUUGGGGAUGGUCAUCGCGACCAGGCCCGUCAGGGCGGUUUGACGUUUCCAAUCACGCGAACACAUCUCAACUUACUCCUAGUAAGAGACUACGAAAUGCCUCGAUGUUUCAAGACCCUGCUGCGACGCCGUCCAUGACUAAUCAUCGUCCCUCCAAUCCUCUCCGUCUUCCGCUCCCGCCUUCCGCCCCCCCAGCAACCGAACUCACGGUGACGCUGGAACCUUCCAGAAACCUCACUCGUCCGCGCGAGUCAUCAGAACGCGCUCGAUUAGACUUUCUUGGCAGUCAUACUGCCGCACACCUCCUACAGACCUUUGAAUUUUCAAUUUCUUGAAUCUUCAGUCGACGAUUCACCCAUCGUCGCCCCUCUUGCUCUUCCCCCCUGCAAAGGGCCAUUCAACUACCACCCUCGAGGGUUCGCCGACCCUGGUCCCCCUUCACUGGGCUUUCAAAUCACCACCCACCCCUAUUUCCUCUCCCUCACCUCCUUGCCGCCUACCACCACCCCUGAGAGUUCACCGACUCUCGCCCCCCUGCAAAGGGCUAUUCAACUACCACCCUCGAGGGUUCGCCGACCCUGGUCCCCCUUCAAUGGGCUAAU